ACGAAGCAAAAGUUGUCUCCGGCGAGAGAAGAUCCAUCGGAAGAAGAUCUUCGGCCAUGGUUGGACCAGGAAGACCUCAAAUCGUGCUUUUCGGCUCUUCGAUUGUUCAAUACAGCUUCACCGAUGGCGGAUGGGGAGCCUCACUCGCUGACAUCUACUCUCGCACGGCAGACAUAAUCCUUCGUGGAUAUGCUGGUUGGAAUUCCAGAUUUGCCGUGAAGGUUCUUGACCAAGUGUUCCCAAAGAAUGCUGUGAUACAACCUUCUUUGGUGAUAGUCUAUUUCGGUGGGAAUGAUUCAACGCAUCCUCAUUCAUCAGGCCAGGGACCUCAUGUUCCUCUCUCUGAAUUCACCGAUAACAUGAGGAGAAUCGGCGAGCAUCUUUUGAGCCUUUCGGACAAGACCCGUGUCAUUUUCCUCACUCCGCCGCCAAUGAAUGAGAGACAAAUCCAACUAAUUUUUGGAGAUGCAAUGAGAGGACGGAGGAACGAGCUGUGCCGUCCGUAUGCAGAAGCGUUGCUAAACCUAUGCAGAGAGAUCAAUGUGAAAUGCAUCGAUCUUUGGACUGCAAUACAGCAGCACGAUGAUUGGUUAAACACCUGCUUCACAGAUGGGGUCCAUUUCACGGCGAAGGCAAGCGAGAUUGUGGUGAAGGAGAUAUUGAGAGUUGUGAGAGAAGCGGAUUGGAAACCGAGUCUUCACUGGAAGUCAUUACCGGUUGAGUUUCCAUUUGAUUUUGGUGUACCGAACUCACUAAGCCUUUGUGAGCUUGAGUUAACCAGAAACGAGCAGCUGGAGCCAACACCAUCUAGUACGGCUCGAUUGUUCUGUAACAUGAUGGUGGUCACU